UAAACAAGACGUCAAAUAAGAAAGUCAUCGGCAGGUAGACUAGGCCGAGGCGGGUCACACGGGUACAGGUGCCGGUGGGAAGAUUGUCGGUGAGAAGGUUCGACUAUGGGCCCCAGGAACUGCCUUGGGGGAGGCCUGCUGGUGGCUAUCCUUGCCGUUACGUGUGCAGUUGUUGUUACCGGGGACCCCUGCGUUCCGAACCCCUGCGACCCGGAUAACGGCCACUGCAUCCAAGUAGGGUGGGACUACCGGUGUGUGUGCCGCCCGGGCUUCAUGCUCAUGCCGGACGGGCUGUCCUGUUUCCCCGACGCUAUAGCAGCCGGUAGCCCGUGUGUUCCGAACCCCUGCGACCCAUCUAACGGCCAAUGUGUGGAAGAGGGAGGAAACUACAGAUGUAUCUGUAGACAGGGGUUCCAGUUGAUGUCUGACGGUCGAAGGUGUACCCAAGCCCCUCAGCCUCUUUUGGCUGUAGAUGACCACGACCAUGACCACGACCAUGAUCACGACCAUGGCCGUGACCCCUGUUCCCCAAACCCCUGCGACCCAGCUAACGGACAAUGUGUGGCAGAAGGACACAACUACAGAUGUAUCUGUAGGCCGGGGUAUCAGUUGAUGUCGGACGGCCGAAGAUGUACUCCAAACGCUCCUGCAGAUGACCGCGACCAUGACCGCGACCAUGACCAUGACCAUGAUCACGGCCAAGACCGUGACCCCUGUUCCCCAAACCCCUGCGACCCAGCUAACGGACAAUGUGUGGCAGAAGGACACAACUACAGAUGUAUCUGUAGGCCGGGGUAUCGGUUGAUGUCGGACGGCCGAAGUUGUACUCCAAACGCUCCAGUUGUGGACGAUGACCAUGACCAUGACCAUGACCACGACCACGACCAUGGCCGUGACCCCUGUUCCCCAAACCCCUGCGACCCAGCUAACGGACAAUGUGUGGCAGAAGAACACAACUACAGAUGUAUCUGUAGGCCGGGCUAUCGGUUGAUGUCGGACGGCCGAAGUUGUACUCCAGAUGCCCCUGUCUACAGCAGCCCGUGUUCCCCCAACCCCUGCGAUCCACAUUAUGGCCGGUGUAUCGAAGAGGGAGGGAACUACAGAUGCGUCUGUAACCGAGGGUUCGAGCUGAUGCCAGACGGACGGAGAUGCACCGGUCUUGCUUCUGUCAGUGACGACCAUGACCAUGACCAUGGCCGUGACCCCUGUUCCCCAAACCCCUGCGACCCAGCUAAUGGACAAUGUGUGGCAGAAGGACACAACUACAGAUGUAUCUGUAGACCGGGGUAUCGGUUGAUGUCGGACGGCCGAAGUUGUAAUCCAGACGUCGACGCUCCUAUUGCGGACGACCCCUGCACUCCAAACCCCUGCGACCCAUCCAACGGUCAGUGCGUCCGAGAUGGGCGCAACUUCAGAUGCGUGUGUAGACCGGGGUUCCAGCUGGUGUCUGACGGCAGGACGUGUGCUCCCAUCCCCCCUCCUGCUACCAACCCCUGUUCUCCAAACCCAUGCGACCCAAUUAACGGCCAGUGUAUCGAAGAAGGGAACAACUACAGGUGUGCCUGUAGAGCAGGGUACCAGUUGAUGUCAGACGGUCGGACUUGUACCACCUUUAUUCCUAUUCCUGUUUCCUUGAGCCCUUGUGCCCAAAACCCUUGCGACCCAACCAACGGCCAAUGUCUGGAGGAGGGAAGCAACUUCAGAUGCAUCUGUAGACCGGGGUAUGACCUGAUGUCAGACGGUCGAAGAUGCACUCCUACCCUCCGCCCGGCCCCUGUUCUCAUCAAUGAGCCCUGCAAUCCUGAUCCCUGCGAUCCAGUUAACGGUCUCUGUGUGGAAGAUGGGAGUAACUACAGGUGUAUCUGUAGGCCGGGGUAUCAGUUGUUAUCGGACGGCCGGACAUGUAUUCCAGUCCCCCGAUUACAGCCUGUCCCGGAACCGCCUGGUGAUGACCGGAGAGGUGACCAGGGAGAACUCGUCACUGGUGCCAACAAUGCAAACUGCGGUGACAACAACUGUUGUGCAUCCACCUGUGUGGGACAGCCAGGGCCACGAGGGCAUCCAGGGUCAAGGGGUGCUCCGGGGUUCCCUGGACCUGAGGGUGUGCAAGGGGAAACUGGAGCUCCAGGUUUACGAGGCUCUCCGGGGGACCAAGGGGCAAAGGGGACACCUGGUGAUGCUGGACCCAGGGGACCGCAGGGUGUUAUAGGCCCUGCCGGCCCGGUGGGGCCCCGGGGUAUCCAGGGAGACAAGGGGAGUAAAGGCACGGCAGGGACACGUGGACUGCAGGGGGAGAAGGGUCUGAGGGGUUCACAAGGCCUACCAGGACAGACUGGCGAACCCGGUUUGCCAGGAAACGCAGGCCCUAUGGGAAUGCCAGGAUUAUGUGGUCCAAAAGGAGAUCCCGGGUUGCCAGGACCUCCUGGAACCGGAAUCGCAACUGAAGGCCCACAAGGCCCACCUGGUCCGCCCGGGGGUUCGGGGCGUCCUGGCCCGCCUGGUGCUCCCGGCAUCCCCGGCUCAACUGGCCCCGGCACCAAGGGAGAACCGGGCUUUCCGGGGUCUCCUGGCCUCAGAGGAUCCCCUGGAAAUCCAGGUGGACCGGGCCGACCAGGAAGCGAUGGCAUCCCAGGUUCCCCUGGACCUAAAGGUGAACUCGGAGUCCCUGGAUUCCCGGGCCCACCAGGUCCUCCAGGAGGCAGGGGUGACAUGGGAUUUCCGGGACCAAAAGGGGAUUCCGGCACUGCAGUCGGCGUACAAGGUCCACCUGGCCGACCCGGGCCUCAGGGACCGUCUGGACCACCAGGUUUCCCUGGACCGAAAGGGGAAUUCGGCCCGUCGGGACCAGCCGGUCCUCCUGGCCCAUCGGGGCUCGGAUUCCCUGGCCCUCCUGGGCCCCCUGGUCCUGCGGGUUCUCGAGGACCUCCUGGAGGUGCAGGGUUUCCAGGCACAAAAGGAGAACCUGGUUUAGGAUUCCCCGGACCAUCCGGUUUCCCAGGUCCCCAGGGAGAUCGAGGGCCGCCAGGACCAUCAGGAUCGGACGGCGAGGGAGGGUACAGGACAUUCAACCUGAUGACGCGGCACAGUCAGACCACCAUGGUGCCGCAGUGCCUGCCGGGGAUGACCAAGAUGUGGGAGGGGUACAGUCUGCUGCAUGGGGAAGGGAACGAGAGAGCUCAUGGACAGGACCUCGGUACUGCCGGCUCCUGUGUGAAGACAUUCGCCCCCAUGCCGUUCAUGUUCUGUGACAUCAACUUCCAAUGUCACUACGCCACCCGUGACGACAAGACCUACUGGCUAUCCACCAUCUCCACUCGGGCUGAAAUCCCUCCUAGCCCGGUCCAAGGCACCGACGUCCUGCGGUUCAUCUCCCGGUGCGUGGUGUGCGAGGUCCCGUCUACCGUCAUGGCGUUCCACAGCCAGGGUCCCGACAUUCCCGACUGCCCCCUCCCCACACGGGACCAUAGGUGGGAGUCUAUCUGGGAAGGAUUCAGCUUCUUCAUGCACACGGCUGCCGGAGAGGGCAGCGGUCAGAUCUUCUCCAGCCCCGGCAGCUGUCUGGAGAGGUUCCGCCCCGCCCCCUUCAUCGAGUGUCACGGAGCGCGGGGCACCUGCGGCUUCUUCGCCAACAAGUUCAGCUUCUGGCUGGCGUCUGUUCCAAGAAAUUACAACCCUGACCAGAACAGGGACCCGUACGAGCCUCAGGACGGGCCGUGCGAGGAGAUGAUCCGCACACAGCAGGCCCGUACGGAGAUGGAGAGGAUGGUCGGCCGGUGCCGCGUCUGUAUGCUGAUAAACGACGAGAUCGAGGCGUCUAUAAGAGAGACCGGGCCUCUGUUGCCGGGAGUGUAUGACCCUAGGCAGCCGCUAGGCUGAAAUAACGUGUAACUCUCUCGUACACCUUUGUAAUCAUAAUUAGGAUGACGAGGGAUUGGUAAGCCAGUUUUAGCAUGAAAGUAAAUCUGUUUUUGGUAAAUGACGGUAUAGAUAAAAACUGAACUUUGAAGACCAACGCUUUGAAGGAUAGGGACUUACUCAAAGUUUCAACAGAGACGGGGGGCGACACAUGUUAUCUGGCACUUGCGACCCGUUGCUGCAGUCACCAGUUUCUAACGCCAGGUCCCAGAUUUAGCAGUAGAUGGAUUCGUUUCGUUAAAAGUGCAUGUUGCCUUGUUGCCGUAUCAAUUCUUCUAAGUGUUGCUUUUUGAAAGUUCAGUGUUUAUUCAUAAUACAGGUUUGUUCACUGGAUUGCAGUGAUUUUUCUCUCAUAUAGUGUUCCUUCACACAUUACCUAUCAUAGUGAUACCAUUAACGUUCAAGUUAGUGUAUAAAAAUAGUAUGAUAAGUUCCUUAGGACAAGUGGUGCUAUUAACCAUCAUGUUAUUAACUUUCAAGCUAUACUAGUACUCUGAAAAAAGUGUGACUGAAGACACAAGAACACAAUAUAUACAACUAACACACAAGAAAACACAAGAACAGAAUAAACACAACUAACACACAAGAAAAUAGUCUUUCACAAGUACAAUAUUACCUCCUAGUACAACCUAGUAUGGUCUUAAUCGCAUUUACACCUAGCAUCCUAAAUAUGUAAGUCAGCGUUCUUAGGUCUAAAAGAAAGAGUGCUAUUGAACUUCUGCCUGGUGACUAACCUACCAAGAUUAGCAUAAAUACUAUCGCUUAUUCUUACACAAAACCGUAAUUUCACAAUAAUGCGGGAUCAGACAUGUCCAAAAAUAUGUCCCACUACUGUAUUCCAAUACAUUAUGUGCCACGAGCCACUGCACUGGGUAUUACAAUGGUCUCUGAACGAAUAAGUGAAUGAACACGAAAACAUGUUUGAUUAUCUUUCUGAGCAUUUCUAAUGAAUUCCCCCGUUUUAUAAAAACGCGACAUGGUGCUCAUAGUAGCUUCUUGGUACAUAAACAUACGACCAAGCUGGUUUUAUAGUUUUCAUCGUAAACAUACUCGUAGUCAGCUAGUGAACGUUUUUUUCAAGCUUGUGUUGUACCUUGUCUAUUCGUAUGAUUUUCUUUGCAAAAGUAAUAAAGUGAUGUUUGCUGUAUUUGAUGACACACGGAUUAAACAUAUAUACUUUGCAA